CUAUUAGGAGGUGUGGCCUAGUUGGAGUAGGUGUGGCCCUGAGUAAGUAUGUCACUGUGGGCUUGGGCUUAAGACCCUCAUCCUAGCUGCCUGGAAGCCAGUCUUCCACUAGCAGCCUUCAGGUGAAGAUGUAGAACUCUCAGCUCCUCCUGCACCAUGCCUGCCUGAAUGCUGCCAUGCUCCUGCCUUGAGGAUAAUGGACUGAACCUCUGAACCUGUCACAGAUCAUCAUUGAGGGAACUCAAGGCAGAAACCUGAAAGUAGUCCCAAUUGCUAUUCCACAUAGCGUUACUUCCACCAAGAAACUCAUUUCACAGCCAAAGAAGCUCAGCAGGAACUAUGGAAGAUGCUUUUUGCUAGAUGGCAGACCCUGCUGUAGGACACCGCAUCUCCUUGGUGUCCCCUCUCAAGGACCUGACCACUCUUCCAGAGGAAGAACCAACACAGAUGGAGUAGCUUACAUCCUCUUCAAAACUCCCAUUGCUAGGAGUCAGAGAGGCGCGGGCUUGAAGGGGCCUCUCAGGGUAGAACUGGCUUCUGAGACCAGAAGACUUCAGCCUGGAGAAGGGAGGUAGUGUGUAUGGGAGACUCUCAUCUCAUCUCUCUGAGCUAAUGAGGAACAGAUCUGCUGGAAACAGUUUGCUAUGCUUCCUGCCCACCGGAGCUGAGCUGGUGUGGUUGGCUCCUAAGAGAUCCAUGAGACAGACAGACGGAUGGACGGACAGACGGACAGACAGACACAUACAUGGGGGGGUGGCGGGGGGAAGGGAGGAGAGAGGAGAGGAGAGAGAUAGAUUGAUUGUGUGUGGUGGAUCACAAAUGAGACCAACCCUAAGCCAAGACUGUCUUACUUCUAACAGAAAUGACCCACUACUAUCUCUCAAAUGGCUGUCUAUCGUUUAAUUCCGUGCUAAUGUGUGCUUUUAUGUAAUCCUGACUCUCAGUAUUAUUUCUCUUGGACAGAUGAAGCGAUUGAAACUGAAAUGUAACUUGUAAAACCAUAUAGCUGUAAGAAGAAUCCUUCCUUCAGUGAUUCCCCCCACACCAACUACUGCAGCUAUGAGAUCUCAUUCUUCCAACUUGGUAGUUUUCCCUGUAAAAUGGUGACUUUGAUGAAACCUAACCCCUGAUGGUACAGGUCAGAGAACCUGGAUCUCAGGCCUGUGGUCUCUGUAUUCUUUGCCUCCAGCUGAGGUCAAGAUUGGUGGACAGACCUUCAUUCGGAUUAAACAAACCAUGACGUGGCUCUCGGCUCUGACCUACUGUCGCCACCACUACACAGACCUGGCCGAUCUGCAGAGAGUUACCGACAAGGACAAAGACAGUCUCAAGCCCGUCAUAAAUGGUGACGAUGCCUGGAUUGGCCUCUAUUUCAGUGUAAAGAUCAACCAUCUGACCUGGUCCAGUGACCAGGGUUCCAGCAUCCCUGAGUGGCUACAGGAAAUGCCUAUGUUUGGUCAAGGACUGUGUGCAGGAAUUCGUACCUUUGCAAAUCACCCACCUCAGAUUUAUGCACUGCUUUGUCCUGAUCUGAAACCUUUUAUCUGUUUCAACGACCCCUCCAUUGGACAUCGGCAGUCAGCAGAGAUGCCCUCACUCAUUGAUACUUCCUCCCCUAGAGUGACUCAGCACUCAAAAGUUCCUACAAGGACAACCUCUAGGCCAAACACAGGGACCAGCACUGACUCCACAGAUGCCUCCCAAGUGUUGGAUUCAGCAUCCUGGAUCCCACGGCAAGUGAGUCAUGAACCAACUGCGGUCAGCUCUGGAACCUGUGGCUUCAGAACCUGUGACACCACCACUCCUGCCUCAACCACCGUGGGCCUCACAGCUCUCCAAUCUCAAGGGAUGGUUUCAAUACGUCCUGUGGCAACCUCUGCAUAUCCAGGAGAGACCAAAGAGCGAACUACGGAGGCAUCUGUCUCAGGGAGCACAGCAGAGGUCCAAGGAAAUUGGACCAGUGUUCCUGCAGCCUGGAACCCGGACACCAGCACUGGGACAGCUGGGAGCCUGCCAGGAACUACUACAGCUAUGACCACUGUAGAGGGCGGCAUAUAUAAAGGAGACACAACUUCUGCCACUGAGGCUCAACAUUUAUGCUCACCUAAGUACCCAGAGUCUAAAAAGAAAGCGGCAGCAUCAGAAUCAGAGCACUCCUUUGGAAUCCUGAAAGCAGAUUUUGCCAUCCCAGCACUGAGGGAUCCAGAAGAGAUGAAAGACCAACUUUUGAGCGAGAUCCAAGAAGUCUUAAAGCUUAUACUAGGUCACGAGGAAUUCACCCUGAAAUGGAUCGGCUCCGAAGUGAACAAAAAAUAGCAAACCCACUCGCUUUCACUUUCCUUAGGCUCUCUUCCAGGUGGUCUUUAGGGUUUUGUCUUCAGGUUUUUUGUUUUAAAUUCCUAAGAAGCACAAGGUUAGAAAUAACUUCAAAUAUUCUAAGAUGAACAGGCUUACAUGUAGCACAAAAGAAAAGGAUGUAUGAAUGAGCGUCCUUGGAUUUUAUUCGAUGAGGAGGGUAAGCUGAAGAGAGCAGGGCUUGUACAAUGGAGAACAAGACAACUGCUCCCUGAACCAGACAAGAGAAGUGUGUGUGUGUGUGUGUGUGUGUGUGUGUGUGUGUGUGUGUGUGUGUAACAGUGGCUUAGGUGAGCUGUAGGAAGCUUUCUUUCUAGGGCACAGCCACAGCACAGCAGAUACCAGUGCCAGGUACUUACCCUGUGCCUAAGUAUUCUCCCUGUAAGAUAUCAAGUCUGAGGCAUGAUGCUCCUAGGGUAGCAUGCAUCUUCAGAACAAUAUUCCAGUGUUCCAAGUGCCUAAGCACCCAGAUGUAUGAGGAAGACAGUAGCAACCCUUAGUCUGAAAUGUUUAAAGUUAAAGUUUAUUUGUAUUUUUUGUAGGAAUAUCAAUAAAAGACCUCAAACGUA